AUGGAAUCGUCGCAAGAUUUCAAUUCCCUCCAAGAGGAGGUCCAAAAGUCCCUCAUCUCAACCAUCAAGUCGGCCAAUCGCAUCGCAUCGCAUGACCUGAGCUUCCAGCGCACCGUCAACCCAGACGUUGCUGAGCAGCUCGACGAUAAAACGUCGCGCAUUCUCGACCUCUCGACGCGGCUUCUGAACUCGGCCGCUCGAGCCUGUGGUCUAAAACCUCCAAAGCUAGAAGACCCUGAAGAUGUGGACAUGAACUGGCGCAAAGUGGUGGACGUGGUGGACUCUGUUCUGGAAAAGGCAGAUAGGGCCAUCGACGAGUAUACGGGACUGGUCAAACAACGAGAGAAUGGAGACUCCGAUUCCAACUCCAAGGCAAAGCAAACCAAGCCCACCGGCAAAGUCAUCCGCAACGCCAACGUGAAGAAGCCACAGUUGGACUUUGAACUCAAACCGAAUAACUUUCCUGAUGGUCCAUGGAAGCCUCUGUUGACGGAAAAACCACACGCAGAUGUAUCUCUGGAUGACAGCCUUGUCACAUUUGUCGCGGACAAUGGGGCGCCUCAAUACAAGCAUCCAUAUGAAGCAGAGAUAUCAAGUAUGCAGUACCCCGAUCGAGUAUUCCAAAUCCAGGACCCGAUGCCACCUCAACCAGUCGAGUCGACCGCAGCCACAUGGGUUGACACGUACGAGGGCGUUGUCGACAUGCUCCAGGAGUUGAAAAAGGCAAAAGAAAUUGCUGUUGAUUUAGAGCAUCACGAUUUCAGGACAUAUAUUGGCCUCGUAUCCCUGAUGCAAAUCAGCACUAGAGAAAAGGACUGGAUUGUUGAUACUUUGAAGCCUUGGCGACAUAAGCUCCAAGUCCUCAACGAGGUCUUCGCUGACCCAACUAUUGUCAAGGUCUUUCACGGCGCGUACAUGGACAUGGUUUGGCUUCAGCGAGAUCUUGGACUCUACGUCAAUGGACUUUUCGACACAUUUUUCGCAAGCGAAGCUUUACAUUAUUCGAGUAGAAGCUUAGCAUUUCUUCUUUCCAAGUUUGUCAAUUUCGAAGCCGACAAGAGAUAUCAGUUGGCUGAUUGGAGGAUACGACCGCUCCCUGAAGAGAUGAUGUAUUACGCCCGCUCAGAUACCCACUACCUUCUCUACAUCUACGACAAAAUUCGAAACGACCUGGUCCAGUUAUCGGACCGUAGCAACCCUGACAAAGAUCUCAUUAGUAUUGUUCUAGAAAAAUCGCGAGGGCUUUCACUUUCACGCCAUGAGAAUCUUGAGUUCAACGAAGAAACUGGCGAAGGGUCCAGGGGCUGGUACAAUUUCGUCCUGAAGAAUUCGCACUUUGGCUACAAGAGUGAUCAGUUUGCAAUCUUCAGGGCUCUUUGGAAGUGGCGAGACGUGACUGCGCGCACAGAAGACGAGAAUCCCAAUUUCGUACUGGGCACCUCCAACCUGACCGAAAUUGCACGUGCCAACCCUCCGGAUGCCAAGGCCUUCCACAGUCUACUACCGCUUACUGCUCCCCUGGCCCGAUCCAAAGUGAACGAGAUUUGGAGUCAGAUACAAGAGGAAAAGGCAAAGGGGGGACCAACCCUGCUGCAAUUUUUUACUUCCCGAGAUCCAUCAUCACAGCAAAGGGGUGGAAUUCCUAGGGUAACAAAGGCCCAGAGCCAAACCGCCAAAUUAGAAGGAGCUGCUACGGCCACCAAACUACAACGCUCGCAGUUGUUUGGAGAUGUUGCUGUUAGCUCAAGAUGGGAUGAGACAAAGGGAGCCGUUGCCGUACGAGAAGACUACUUCCCUUUCCCUUGGCAACGGUUUGUCGAGGACGCUACCGACUUCGUUGCUGGAACUGAGCCUGUCCAAGAGGUACCCGCUGCAACACAAGAAUCGGCAAAAGCAGCCAUCGUCCCCGCCGCCGAAAAUGAAAAGGACGAGGAAUUUACCUUGCGGAGAGGAAGAAAGAGAAAAUCCGAAGCCAUUGAAAACGAUGAGCCGAUAUCUAGUGAAGUCGAUUCAGCUUCCGAUGGUGACCGCGAGAUGCAAGACGAUGCUAUGGGCGAUGGCGCUGUCAUUGAGAUAGAGGCUGAAGACGUAGUCCCUGGGGCUGCGAAGAGGGCGAAGAAGCUGGAGAAGAAGAGGAAGAGAGAAGAAGCCAAGAUGGCUGAGGAGCAACAACGCUUGGAGCUCCGUACCAAGCGACAAGAGGAGAAGCUCGCCCGUAAAGAGCAGCGGAAGACUCAACAACAGCAUGUGGGCACGGCAGAUCGCGCCACGUACCAAGCUGUUCCUUUCGAUUACAGCAAAGCAGCAUCAGUCCUUCAUGCCAAGAGGGAUGAGGCCAAGGAGUCGACUCAAGAAGACAAGAAGAAGGUGUUUGACCCAUACGCGAAGACAGGUGAUGAUGAGAUUAAACCGGCAAGACGGAUGCCACCAAUUAGGGGCGAGAAGAGUGCUACAUUUAAGAAGUGA